AUGCACUCGAUUCACCAGCAUAUAGCUCCAUCUGUUGAAAACUUGGAUCCCGGUGUUGAUAACAUCGACUGUAUGGCCGAACAGCCACAAGAAUCAUCAGACAAAAAUGUCGAAAUAUGGAAAAUCAAGAAGUUAAUUAAAAGUUUAGAGGCAGCUAGAGGCAAUGGUACAAGCAUGAUUUCAUUAAUCAUUCCACCUCGAGAUCAAAUACCACGUAUUGCCAAAAUGCUCGCUGAUGAAUAUGGUACAGCAUCUAACAUCAAAUCACGUGUCAAUCGACUAUCUGUUCUCUCUGCCAUUACUUCGGUACAAGCUCGACUCAAACUUUAUAACAAAGUACCAAACAAUGGUCUUGUUAUCUAUUGUGGAACAAUCGUCACAGAUGAUGGCAAAGAAAAAAAAGUUAACAUCGAUUUCGAACCUUUUAAACCAAUCAAUACUUCACUAUAUCUUUGCGACAAUAAAUUUCAUACCGAAGCAUUACAAGCAUUAUUAGCUGAUGAUUCUCGCUUUGGCUUCAUCGUUAUGGAUGGUAAUGGUGCAUUAUUUGGCACCUUGCAAGGUAAUUCGCGUGAAGUGAUCACGAAGUUUUCAGUUGAUCUACCGAAAAAACACGGUCGUGGUGGUCAAAGUGCACUUCGAUUUGCUCGACUUCGUAUGGAGAAGCGUCAUAACUACGUGCGAAAAGUUGCCGAAACAGCCGUUCAAUGUUUCAUCACAGAUGAUAAAGUCAAUGUGGCCGGAAUCAUUCUUGCUGGUCUCGCCGAUUUCAAAACCGAACUUCAUCAAUCUGAUAUGUUCGAUCCUCGUUUACAAGUCAAAGUUUUGAAACGAGUCGAUGUUUCAUACGGUGGAGAGAAUGGUUUUAAUCAAGCGAUUGAACUAGCAGCUGAAACACUUGGUGACGUCAAAUUUAUUCAAGAAAAGAAGCUGAUCUCUCGAUAUUUCGAUGAAGUUUCACGAGAUUCUGGUCAAUAUUGUUUCGGCAUCGACGAAACGUUGAAAGCCCUGGAGAUGGGUGCGGUCGAAACAUUGAUCGUUUGGGAAAACUUCGAUGUUAUGCGUUUUGUCUUACGUAAUCCACAAACACAAGAAACGAAAGUUUUACACUUGCGAGCUGAUCAAGAAAAAGAGAAAUCGCAUUUUCAAGAUAAAGAGUCAGGAGUGGAAUUAGAACACGUGGAAGAACUGCCUUUAUUAGAAUGGUUUGCCAAUAAUUACAAGAAUUUUGGAGCCACGUUGGAAAUUGUGACUGAUAAGAGUCAAGAAGGGUCUCAGUUCGUUCGUGGAUUUGGCGGCGUUGGAGGUAUUCUUCGAUACAAAGUCGACCUUCAAAAUUUGAACGUUGAUGAAGAUGCUGAACCAAUCGAUUACAGUGAUUAUGAUUAA